UGUGCGGAGCCGAGGAGGAAGUGAAAGUAAAAGCGGACUGUUUCCUGGUUCAGACUGGCUGAGCGGCGGGUCUGUGGUCGACAUGAGCUCUCGCCAGUUUAACGCUGUCCUGCUGGACAUUUCCAACCGGCUGUCAGCCGAUCAGCUGGACAACCUGAAGUUCUUGGUGCGGGAUGUCGGAAAACGGGAGCUGGAAAAGAUCACCAGCGGACUGCAGCUGUUCCAGAUUCUUAUGCAGAGAGGCGAAUUGUCCGCCGAGAACACGGAGAAUCUGUCCAAGCUGCUCGCUGAUAUCCAGAGACUUGAUCUCGCUGACAAACUCAACUGCUUCGACAGUGAGUCUGGAUCCGCCAGCAGCGAGCCGGAGCCGGCGGAGAGAGCCAAACUGGACAUUGCAGCGGAGGUGAUUGCAGAGAAUCUGGGAAGGAAUUGGCGUAAACUGGGCCGCAAACUAGGCCUGACUGAUGUCAAGCUUGAAUCUAUCUCCAAGAGGCAUCCUACGGACCUAGAGGAGACGGCAGUGGAGCUGCUGAAAGAGUGGAGGAACAGUAAAGGAGCUGAGGCCGAGACAAAGGACCUGAUAGCUGCUUUGAGAGCCUGCCAGCAAAAUCUGACUGCUGACAAAGUGGAGGACAGACUUGAAGCUGCCGAAAAUUGAUGGAGAUCAACAGAUCAGAUUAGACUGACAUUAAUGCUGGGAAUAAAUGAAUGCCUGCAUUGGCUUAAAGGAAUCAGCCAGCAACAUAUCAUGACACACAUAAAUCAUCUGUGUUGAGAUGAAUAAAUUGACUCCUGAAUAUGAUAAAAACAUG